AGAGAUCUACUUUGAGCACUGCAUUAGCUUACCUGCCAGGAAGCUAGGAUCUCUAAGAUUUCGCUGCUUGCAUUCUGAGAAAAUGGCUUGCACGAAAUUGGGAUCUAAAAGUGAUGCAUUCCAAAGGCAAGGGCAGGCCUGGUUCUGCACCACUGGGCUUCCUAGUGAUAUUGUUGUGGAAGUGGGGGAGAUGACCUUCCAUCUUCACAAGUUUCCUUUGCUAUCUAGAAGUGGGGUUAUGGAAAGGUUGAUUGCAGAAGCAUUGGAAGAAGGGGAUGAAAAAUGUGUUAUAAAUCUCCAUUACAAUCCUGGUGGGGCCAAAACUUUUGAACUUGUGGCCAAGUUCUGUUAUGGUGUGAAACUUGAGCUUACCUCCUCAAAUGUUGUGUACCUCCGUUGUGCUGCUGAGCAUCUUGAAAUGACCGAGGAUUAUGGGGAGGGCAAUCUAAUUAUGCAGACUGAGACCUUUUUUAAGCAAGUAGUCCUUGGUAAUUGGAACGAUUCUUUAAAGGCACUUCAAACAUGUGAUCAGAGUCUUCCCUAUGCUGAAGAACUUCACAUUACAAAGAAGUGUAUUGAGUCACUCGCCACAAAAGCAUAUACUGACCCAAAUCUUUUUGGAUGGCCUAUAAUGGAGCAUGGGCCCAUGCAGAGUCCUGGAGGAAGUGUCUUGUGGAAUGGGAUAAGCACAGGGGCUAGACCCAAAAAAUCAAGUUCAGAUUGGUGGUAUGAGGAUGUGUUGACUUUAAGUUUACCUCUCUAUAAGAGGUUGAUUUCCAUAAUGGAAUCUCGUGGUGUCAGACAAGAGGUUAUUGCUGGAUCCCUUGCUUUCUAUGCCAAAAAGUACCUGCCCGGGUUGAAUAGGCGUCAAGGUGCUAGUGAGUCUAGUUCCCGUUUAAUGGCUGUGGGUUUGGCUCCACCAUCAGAAGAAGACCAGAAGGCUUUGCUUGAAGAUAUUGAUAGGUUGCUUCCAAUGCAGAAGGGCCUAGUCCCUACCAAGUUCCUGUUUGGUCUUCUUCGGACAGCCUUGAUUCUAAAAGCAAGCUCUUGUUUAUCAAACUUAGAGAAAAGGAUUGGCAUGCAGCUUGAUCAAGCAACCCUAGAAGAUCUUUUGAUGCCCAAUUUCUCUUAUUCCAUGGAGACACUUUACAAUGUUGACUGUGUGCAGCGGAUUCUUGAACACUUCCUUGCCAUGGAUCAAAUUACAGGUGGGGCGUCUCCAUGUUCAGUAGAUGAUAGCCAUUUGAUUGGAUCGCCAUCAUUAACACCAAUCACGUUGGUGGCCAAACUGAUCGAUGGAUACCUGGCAGAGGUUGCUCCUGAUGUGAAUUUGAAGCUCCCCAAGUUUCAGGCUCUUGCUGCUGCUGUUCCUGAAUAUGCCCGGCCCCUGGAUGAUGGUCUUUAUCGUGCCAUAGACGUUUACUUGAAGUCACACCCGUGGUUGGCAGAGUCUGAAAGAGAACAGCUCUGUAGGCUGAUGGACUGCCAGAAGCUCUCCUUGGAAGCUUGUACUCAUGCCGCGCAGAAUGAAAGGCUACCGUUAAGAAUAAUAGUCCGAGUUCUCUUCUUUGAGCAACUUCAGCUAAGGACAUCUAUUGCCGGCUGCUUUCUGGUUUCCGACAACCUAGAUGGGUCAAGACAACUGAGAAGUGGCUUUGUUGGGUCUACCGAGGGAGGCUGGGCCACAGCUGUUAGAGAGAAUCUGGUUUUGAAGGUGGGAAUGGAUAAUAUGAGGAUGAGGGUGUCUGAGCUUGAGAUGGAGUGUUCCAUUAUGAGGCAGGAGAUUGAGAAGAUGGGUCGAACGAAAGGUUCCAGCACUUGGGGAAAUGUGUCUAAGAAAUUUGGAUUUAAGCUAAAGUCUCAGUUGUGCAGUGCUCAAGAGGGCUCUGUUAGCAACCAGAAUAAUGGCAAUGCGAAGUCGGAGAUGGCAAAAGAAAGGCAUGGAAAGCACAAGAAAAACUAGUCUUCUGAUGGGUGAGAUCCCUAUUUUAUUUAUUAUUUUUUCUCUUCACUUUGUUUCUUGUUCAAAUUGUAAUUGUUUUUAGUUGUACUUCUGAAAUGUUAGUUCAGACAGAAACUAACCCUUUGUUUGAAUUAUGGAGGAAACGGAGAGAGAGAGAAAUUAAUUUUUAAUUAACUUGUCGUGA